CAACGAGGAACGAGACACAAUUCUCUUACAGUAUCAUGGUGCAUACGACAAAGACCAAGAUGGAUCCACGUGUGCUGAAGUGUGAACUCUGGAACCAGGGUCAGACUGCUGCUCUCAGCUUCAGGGAACAUCUGGCUGAUUGUCUGGAGGACACAGACUAUGAUACGCUGCUGCAGACAGCAAAGACCGGCCUCCGGCUCACACACACAUCACAUCAUGUUGUGAUUGUUGGAGCUGGCAUGGCUGGACUGACGGCAGCAAAGCUGCUGCAGGACGUAGGACACAGGGUGACCAUAUUAGAAGCUAGUGGUCGUGUGGGAGGACGAGUGGAGACCCACAGGAAUGAGACAGACGGCUGGUACGUGGAAAUGGGAGCAAUGAGGAUCCCAAAAUCUCAUCAAAUCGUCCUCUUGUUCGCGGGAUCACUCGGAGUCGAGCUAAAUAAAUUCAUCAUGACUGACAACAACACCUUCUACCUGGUCAAUGGGAUAAAGAAACGGAUGUCUGAAGUGAAAAGAGAGCCUGACAUCCUGGGGUAUAACCUGGAGGGUCACGAGAAAGGGAAGUCGGCCAACGAGCUGCUACAACAAGCUUUGAAGAAGGUGAAUGACCAUGUGGAGAAAUAUGGCUGUUCUGAAGCUCUUAAGAAGUACGACCACUACAGUGUGAAGCAAUAUCUGAAAACAGAAGGUAAUUUGAGCGCAGAAGCCGUGAGGAUGAUCGGAGACUUGCUCAACGAACAGAGCAUCAUGUACACGGCGCUGACUGAGAUGAUCUACGACCAGACUGAUAUCAGUGACAACGACACGUACUUUGAAAUAACUGGUGGGUCGGACCUUCUCCCAGAAGCCUUUCGCAGUGUACUUAAUGCCCCGAUACGCCUGAACUCCAAGGUGAAGCGUAUCAGUCAGUCAGAGACAGGUGUCGUCAUAUCGUACCAGAAAGACCAGGAGUCCUCUCUGACAGACCUUGAGGCUGACGCUGUCCUGGUAACCACCACAACCAAAGCAGCCCUGUUCAUUGACUUUGAGCCACCUCUCCCCAUUAAAAAGAUGGAGGCCCUGAGGGCGGUCCACUAUGACAGCUCCACAAAAAUCGUCCUCACCUUCAACUCGCACACAGUCGACAGCGCACCUAUCAAGGAAACCUCUGAUGACAGGGUGCAGAAGAUUCAGGCCUCUGCUGGCGAGGCGGUUGUUCUGCCGUGUCAAAUCAAUGCCCCCAAGGGAGACGUCCCAACGGUGGAGUGGUCCAAGGAGGGUCUGGACCCAAAAAACAUCACCUUUCUGUACCGGAACCACUUUGAGACCUUCGAGAUGAAGAAUCUGGACUUCCAGUUCAGGACCAGUCUCUUCCUGAACGAAGUGCUGCCACUGAGCCAAAGCUCUCAGUUGUUCCGGGUGAUGUAG